AUGACGGAGAAGGGGAACAGCAAGCCGGAGAACCGGCUACUGCCAGUGAUCAAAGCCUCCAACAAAGCUCUACUGAGAAGCUGUUUCCUGUCAGAGAGAAGCUGUGCAGCUCUGUCCUCAGUUCUCAGCUCUCAGUCCUCCAGACUCAGACAUCUGGACCUGAGUAACAACAUCCUGCAGGAUUCAGGAGUGAAGCUACUGUCAGCUGAACUGGAGAGUCCAGACUGUAAACUGGAGACUCUCAGGUUGGAGAACUGCAGUUUGUCAGAGAUCAGCUGUGAAGUUCUGGUCUCAGCUCUGAAGAAAAACCCGUCCAAUCUGACAGAACUGGACCUGAGCUGGAACCACAACCUGCAGGAUUCAGGAUUUCUUCAUUUGUGUGGUUUUCUGGAGAGUCCAGACUGCAGACUGCAGACUUUGAGGUCAGUUGUGUUCAGAUCAAUGACUGACUGAUGACAUGACUAGAGAACGAUGACUGACCCCCCCAUUCCCACCUUACUGUAUGCUGCUGCUGACUGCACUCACUCUUACUGAUUUCUUUUUUCAGAGAGGUAUUCACAUAUAUCAGGUGUGCACAAUUCAUGUAAAGUUUGCAUGUCCAGCUGUGCAGUAUCAGUCAUGUCAGGACUUUCCUCCACAGCUAACUAGCUGGGACACUAAGUGCAAUGAACAGUGAAUCGAACAAUUAUGUUACGAAAAUGAUAAAAAGUGCAAUAAUGAAACGGUUAGGACACUGCAAUAUUGUUAUACUUUAUUUUUUAUAAAAAAUGUUCAACUCUUAAAUUUUGUUCCUCAUCUUAUGUAAAGUCAAAAUCCCAUUAUGUAUCUAUUUGGGGGAGCGGUGAGCUGCAGACACAGCCACACUCAGGAGCCAUUUGGUAGUUUAAACCCCCCCCAAUCCAACCCCUUACUGCUGAGUGUCAAGCAGGGUCCUAUUUUUAAGAGUCUUUGAUGUGAUUCGGCCUGGAUUUGAACUCACGACCUUCCAGUCACAGGGCUGACACUCUACCACAAGGCCACUGAGAAGGUUAUUUAUGAGCCUUUUUAGUUUUU